CUAGAGCCGACAGCUCCUUUAAUUUCAUGGCGUUUUUCUUCAUCUUCGGAGCCCAGUUUGUCCUGACCGUCAUCCAGGCGAUUGGCUUCUCCGGCUGGGGCGCGUGCGGCUGGCUGUCGGCAAUCGGGUUCUUCCAGGAAAGCCCGGGCGCUGCUGUGGUCAUGCUGCUUCCGGCCAUCAUGUUCUCCGUGUCAGCUGCCCUGAUGGCCAUCGCGAUCAUGAAGGUGCACAGGAUCUACCGAGGGGCCGGUGGCAGCUUCCAGAAGGCACAGACGGAGUGGAGCGCGGGCACUUGGCGGAACCCGCCGUCGAGGGAGGCCCAGUACAACAACUUCUCAGGCAACAGCCUGCCCGAGUACCCCACUGUGCCAAGCUACCCGGGCGGUGGCCAGUGGCCUUAGAGAGAGCCAGCCCUGCUGCUACCGUCCACCGCCUCCUCCCCUUCAUUCCUGCUGCUACCCCUGGUCCUGAGGGCUGGGAGUACCUGGGGCCCCAUCCUCCAGCUGGGAUGGUGGAAGCCGGUGGUGGCCAUGGACCAUACCCCUCUUGCCAGAGCCACAGAACCCGUGUUCAUCUCAUCCGAGAGCAGAGUUCCUUGCAAGCACUCCCCAGUGGCCUCUGCCGUCCACAGGACACCCUCUUGCUCCUGGAAAUGUGUGGUCACCUGCCGUCCAGUGCACGGCCGGUAUGGCCUUGUCUUCAGGUCUCGAGGCCUGACUCCGGGGGACAGGUGGCAGCAGGUCGGCCGCCCUCCCGUCCUCCCAGAGCUGCUGGCGCUGAGGCCAGAGCGGCUCUGAUGGGGAGCUCCAUCUCACACCAGCUGCCCACCGUCACCAGGGCAGAUGCCCUUGGCCGGAACUAAGAAGAGGCAUCGGGGCCAGCUCCCGGUCCUCUGCAGUGAUAGAGGGCUUGGUGCCUAGCCGAGUCCUUGCUGUCCCCUCCAUCCCCGGAUCUGUGCGGUUCCAGCUUCGCCCCUUCCCCACAUUCCCCAUACCUGGGGAGCUCCUGGUCCAGGGUGUCCCGGGGUCACCCUCCUGCCCCCAAACCAGGGAUCCCUGGCAGGCCCUCUGUCCAUGCCCCCGUGUUCAGGACCCAGGCCAGGCCGGGAGCACAGCCGCUCCCUAACCCCGGCAAACCGGCAGAGCGCCGGUUUCCAGCAGCUGGAGCCCUGCAGGAGCAGCCUUUUGGGUUGUGUGUGUAUGUGUGUGUGUGUGUGUGUGUGUGUGUGUGUGUGUGUGUGUGGUUUUUCUUUUUUUUUU